GGCAACGACAUCGUUUGGUGGCUGUCAUCUCCUUUCCUUCAAUUCCAGAAUCCAAGUGCGAUUGAUUUUGUUGGUUUAGGUUUCCGAAACAGAAAACGAAGAAGCAUUUCCAGAAAUGGCAGGGAGAUUGAGCAGUGUGGCUUCCAAGAUCAUGGGCGGAAACGGCGUCGUCUCCCGUUCCGUCGCUUCCUCUCUUCGUCUCCGCGCCGGCAUGGGCCUUCCCGUCGGCAAACACAUCGUCCCCAACAGACCCCUUCAAGUAAACGACGAGCUCAUCUGGGACAACGGCACGCCGUUUCCCGAACCCUGUAUUGAUCGCAUCGCCGACACCGUAGGAAAGUACGAAGCUUUGGCUUGGCUCUGUGGGGGUUUGAGCUUCUUUGCUUCUUUGGGUUUGUUGGCCGUGUGGAACGACAAGGCAUCUAAGAUCCCAUUUGCUCCAAAAGUGUACCCAUACGACAAUCUUCGAGUCGAGCUCGGUGGAGAACCGUAGGUACAUCCAGCGGUUUCUGAUUGUAAUUGUGUGUUUCAGAUGUGUUUUGUUGAUUUCUGUGUUUGAUAUGCUGGUUCUAAAUAAUGCCUGUAACUGAAACUGAGAUAUUUGGCCUGUUUCAUGAUCUUCAAAACAAAUUGCAAGUCUUGGUUCAUUUAUAUAAACUUCUUUUGAUUUUCAUGUUAA